UCAUAGGCGCGCGUUCAGGGGCUGAAUUUCCUCUCUUUCCGAUAUCUCGGCAGCGGUGCAACAUGCCUCCUAAGGACGAUAAGAAGAAGAAGGAUUCGGGAAAGUCCAAAAAGGACAAGGACCCCGUCAACAAGUCCGGAGGCAAAGCUAAGAAGAAGAAGUGGUCCAAGGGGAAGGUGAGGGACAAGCUCAACAACCUGGUCCUCUUCGACAAGGCCACCUACGACAAGCUGUACAAGGAAGUGCCCAACUACAAGCUCAUCACACCAGCCGUGGUUUCUGAAAGGCUGAAGAUCAGAGGUUCUCUGGCCAGAGCUGCCCUCCAGGAACUGCUGACCAAAGGCAUGAUCAAGCUGGUAUCGAAGCACCGGGCCCAGAUCAUCUACACAAGAAACACCAAGGGCGGUGAUGAGGCGGUAACGGAGAAGGAAGCAUAGAAGGUGAGUUACAUGAAGAUGGAGGCAACAGUGAUUUUGCCA